AUGGACGACAACGAUAGAUCUAUUUCCCGCUUGUUCAGGACGUACAAGACGGUGAAGGAGAUGGUCAAGGAUAGAGGAUAUUACAUAUCGCAAGAAGAACUCGACAUGACUUUGGAAGAAUUUCGAACUAAGGUGUGUAAUUCUAUGGGAGAGCCACAACGUAAACUCAUGUGUUUCCAAGCUACACCCACAGCCGAACAAUUGGAGAAAUUCCCCGAUAUGGGAUCACUUUGGGUUGAAUUUUGUGAUGAAGCCAGUGUUGGUAUCAAAACAAUGAGGAAUUUCUGUAUACACAUUAGCGAAAAGAAUUUCAGUGUUGGUAUAUUCAUCUACCAGAAUGGUAUUACACCCAGUGCCAAUAAAUUGAUCCCCACGGUGCAACCAGCCACCAUUGAAACUUUUCAAGAAAAUGACUUGAUUGUAAAUAUAACUCAUCAUGAAUUGGUGCCAAAACAUAUUAAAUUGAGCAGAGAUGAGAAAAAGGAAUUGUUGGAGAGGUAUAGGUUGAAGGAGUCGCAGUUGCCAAGAAUCCAGAGAGAAGACCCUGUGGCUCGAUACUUGGGGUUGAAGAGAGGCGAAGUGGUGAAGAUUAUUAGAAGAUCAGAAACCUCUGGACGUUAUGCAUCUUAUAGAAUCUGUUUGUAA